AUGGCAGCAUAUCCCUCUCCUAUUCGCGGCGCAUCUCUGCUGCUCUCUUUUCGCCUGCAGAAGCAGGUAGUGAUUCUCAUUGGGUCGAAUGCACUAGCGGCGUCUCGUGCCUUCGCAGCCCUCGAAGCCGAUUCCGAUGUUGUCGUGCUUGCCAAGGGUGGACCUGACUCUGCUUGCGACGAGUUACGUUGGCGAGCCAGCCAAGGUCAACUCCGGUUACUGGAUCUGGAAUCUCUCCCCUGCUCUGCCGAUAAAACCGUGGAUCGAGAUGCGCAGGUUAUCGACGACUACCUAUCUACCUCUGAGCAAGUCAGGCUGGUCUGCGUCACAGACACCCUGCUCGGCUCAGAUUCAUCACAACGUCGCAGCAGGGUCUCUGCAGGACUCAUCGCUUAUGCUUGCCGUCUCCGUAACAUCCUCGUCAACGUAACCGACAUGCCUGACUUGUGCGACUUUACUUUCCUGUCCACGCAUCGCUUCCAAGAUCCUAAAACCGGCGCACCGUCUUCUCUACAAGUCGGCGUGACUACCAACGGCCAGGGUUGUCGGCUCGCCAACCGCUUGCGUAGGGAGAUUGUCGCCAAACUUCCCAGAGAGGUCGGCACUGCAGUGACCAAUGUUGGGAAGCUGCGUAGCAUGGCCAAGGCAUCAGAGCUUGUGGAAGAGGACGAGGCUGUGGCGGAGUUAGAUGAGGAAGCAGCACCCUCUACGCCCAAUCGACCCGUGUUACAGAGGGCCGCCAACGAAACAGCACGGGAGAGCGCACGGAGGCGGAUGAAGUGGGUAGCGCAGGUCAGCGAGUAUUGGCCUAUACAGAAAUUGGCUAGGAUGAGUGAAGAGCACAUAGCGAUGGUGCUUGACGGGGGCUUUGGACUCCCUCCCACUCCUCCUGAGAAGCAGGGUGGAAAGCCUGUAUCUGUGUCUCAGCACGAGCUUACCCUCUCGCCACCUCAUGGUGGGAGGAUCUACCUUGUCGGCUCGGGCCCAGGACAUCCCUCCCUACUCACAGUCGCCACGCACACCGCUCUGACGAAGAUUGCAGACCUGGUACUUUCGGACAAGCUCGUGCCUGCUGCCGUGCUCGCCCUCAUUCCGCCGGAAGUUGAAGUCCGCAUUGCACGGAAGUUCCCUGGCAACGCGGAUGGUGCGCAGGCAGAGUUAAUGGAGGCAGCUGUGGAGGCAGCGAGGCGAGGGCUGACUGUAGUGCGGCUCAAGCAAGGUGACCCAUCGGUUUAUGGACGUGCGGGCGAGGAGAUACUGUACUUCCGCGAGCACGGCUUUGAGCCCGUUGUCGUACCAGGCGUGAGCUCCGUGCUCGCAGGGCCGACAUUUGCAGGCAUCCCGGUCACGCAGCGCGGGGCAGCCGAGUCGUUCGUCGUCUGCACCGGCGUCGGCCGCCAGGGGAAGGAAGUCAAGCUACCCGGCUACGAGCGCAGCCGCACGCUGGUCAUACUCAUGGGUGUCGCCCGUCUCCCACAGAUGUUAGGCACACUCCUGGCUGAGUCUGGGGAGCCAGCGUCUCGCCGGAAUGGGCCUGCAUUCCCUCCGUCGACGCCGAUCGCUAUCAUUGAGCGAGCGUCGAUGCCCGACCAGCGAGUGAUCUAUUCGACAUUGCGGGACAUCUCUGCUGCACUUGAGAGUGCCGGAGAACAGCGGCCACCUGGUAUGAUCGUAGUUGGGUGGUCGGUGUUGUCGUUGUGGGACCAGGGCGAUGUCAGCGUGUUGGACGACAAAGCUGGCGAGAAGGACGAGGAAAGAAUCACGAGGUGGCUUGGCGAGCAGCGAUGGAGAAUUAAAGAUGGAUUAGACGUCGGAUGGGAUGAUUGGUAAACUUCUCGGGUUAUGAUCAGUACUGUCUUAUUUUCAAGUAUAUAAUAGAUUUUCUGCACCAUG